UUAUUUCGCUAUAUUUGCGGUCGUGUCUUCGGUGGUUGUCCUCGAGGGACAUUUUUGCGGCGCGGUGCGCUGUACUUGUCUCGUUAAACCCUAAUUAAUUUCGCCGCUUAAGUCGAACAAGAUACAAUAAAUACGCUAUACAAUUUAAAUAAACAAUUGUUUAUAAUUUUAAAAAUGUCUUGUAAGAGUGGAGAUCCAUACUUAGAUCUCGUUGUAAAUACUUGGCUAAAACACGAUAAGAAUCCAACAACCUACCAAGAAGUUUUGGACUACAUAGAGAAAUCACAAUGGGGCAAGUUGAAGGAGAUUAUGCAUGGCCGACAGAAGUUUGGCACAGCUGGACUUCGUGGGCGUAUGGGUGCUGGCUACCGCUGCAUGAAUGAUGUGGUGGUGCUACAGACUGCACAGGGACUCUGCUCGUACCUUCAAAAGGAAUGUAGUCAAAGUCAACUACAAAAUGGCAUUGUAGUGGGAUAUGAUGGGCGAUACAGUAGCAAACGAUUUGCCGAACUGACUGCGAAAGUAUUUAUAACAGCAAACAUCCCCGUGAACAUAUUCUCAGUUGUAUGUCCUACACCAUUCGUGUCAUUUGCAACGAUUCUAUACGAGGCCGCAGCCGGCGUUAUGGUGACGGCAUCUCACAACCCCAAGGAGGAUAAUGGUUACAAAGUAUAUUGGGGAAAUGGAUCCCAGAUCAUCACGCCACACGAUGAUGAAAUUCUCGACGAGAUACUGCAUUGCUUAGAAAUUCCAGAUGAUCACUGGAACAUAGACGAAAUCAGAUCCCACGAGCUUGUAAAAGAUUGUCAAAAAGAAGUAACAUCCAAAUAUAUGGAAUAUAUCCAUGAAAUUUUACCGCAGAAGCUUCUAGAUGUAAAUAAGAAGGCCAACAUCGAUACCAUAUACAGUGCCAUGCAUGGAGUGGGCUAUAAUUAUGUAGUAGAAGCAUUUGAAACCGCCAACUUGAAGGUUCCAAUAAGUGUGAAAGAACAACAAGAUCCGGAUCCUGACUUCUCAACAGUGACGUUCCCGAACCCUGAGGAAGUAGAAUGCCUAAAACUGAGCCAGAGGCUUGCCGAGCAGCGCGGCGUGCGGCUAGUGCUUGUGAACGACCCGGACGCUGAUAGACUCGCCGUCGCCGAAUAUAAUCUCAGUACCAAGGAAUGGAAAGUUUUCACCGGCAACGAGAUGGGUGCUUUACUAGGCUGGUGGCUUUUACACCUGCAUUCUUCUAGUGGGUCAGAUGAAAAAGUUUACAUGAUCGCCAGCAUCGUCAGCUCUAAGAUGCUGCGGACCAUUGUCCAAGACAAAGGCUACUUUGUUGAGACUUUAACUGGAUUUAAAUGGAUGGGUAAUACAACACUGCUUCUUUUGGAAGAAGGCAAGCUUCCACUAUUCGCAUUUGAAGAAGCGAUCGGCUAUAUGUGCCAUCCGCGCGUGCCGGACAAAGAUGGCAUCUCCGCCGCUGUUCAAGUAGCUUCGCUAGCGUCCCACCUGUACACCAAUGGCUCCUGCCUAGUAGACCAACUACAAGCUCUUUACAAAGAAUUCGGCUAUCACGUAUCUCACAACGCGUACUUUAUCUGUCAUGAGCCCGCGACUAUACACAAGAUCUUCAGACGGAUCCGGAAUUACGGUGGACCGGGAGUUUACCCAAAGCACGUAGCUGGUUACGAAAUCGUUUACGUUAAUGACUUGACAGCUGGCGUCAAAUAUCCAGAACAGUCUGCUACUGGAGAUGCGCUUCAUUUGAACGUACUAGGCACGGGCUUAGACCGUGACUACACGAGUGGUGAGAUGAUAAUGCUGCGCUGCAGCAACGGACUCGGCGUCACCAUCCGCACAAGCGGCACCGAGCCCAAGAUCAAGUACUACACCGAACUCAUUUGUAACGCUCCUACCUGCAAGAGCCAAGCAGACACAAAAGCAAAGCUGGAAAAGAUGGUGGAGGAGUUCAUCGACGAGUUACUCCAGCCCAAAGAGAACGGUUUAAAAUAAGAUUUUUUUUUUUAUUUAUUUGCUACUGCGGGCGCACACUUAAUUU